AUGUCUCAUUCAAGAAACCCCUCCAAGACAGAGUUGCCCACACGGGAGAAGGAAGAAGUUCCAGAAGCCUCAUCAGCACCUGAAAAGCAAGAGAAGAAAGAAAAGAAGGAGAAGAAGGAGAAACCGGCCAAAGCAGUCGGCAAACCUGAAGCCAAGAUGCCUCAAGCCAAAGCAGGAGGUGGUAAGGCCAAGAAGAAGAUGGAGGGUGCAGCCUUGAUUGGCAUCGACGUGUCCAAAGAUACAGAUUUCUCGGAAUGGUACCAACAAGUCUUGCUCAAGGGCGACAUGUUGGACUACUAUGAUAUCUCGGGUUGUUACAUCCUCAAGCCUGCCUCACAGUUCGUUUGGGACGAAGUACGUGCUUGGUUCGACCUGAGAAUCAAGAGAUUGGGUGUCAAGAACUGCUCCUUCCCGCUCUUCGUGUCUGAAGAUGUCUUGAAUCGAGAAAAGGCUCACAUUGAAGGCUUCGCGGCCGAAGUCGCUUGGGUCACCCACGGUGGCAGCACUAAACUCGAGAAGAAAAUCGCCAUUCGCCCUACCUCUGAGACGGUCAUGUACCCAUACUACGCCAAAUGGAUUCAGAGUUAUCGUGACUUGCCUCUGAAGCUCAAUCAAUGGAACUCAGUCGUGAGAUGGGAAUUCAAACAUCCUCAACCAUUCCUGCGUACCAGAGAGUUCCAUUGGCAAGAAGGACAUACGGCUCAUUUGACAGAAGCAGAGGCGGGCGAAGAGGUCUUGCAAAUUCUCGAUCUUUAUGCUGAUAUUUACGAACAACUCCUGGCAGUUCCCGUCAUUAAAGGGCGCAAGACCGAAAAGGAGAAGUUCGCGGGAGGAUACUACACAACCACAGUGGAAGGCUAUAUCCCCGCCACAGGACGUGGGAUCCAGGGUGGUACUUCUCACUGUCUUGGUCAGAACUUCAGUAAGAUGUUCGGUAUCACGGUGCAAGAUCCAAACGCCAAGACGGAAGAGGAGAAGAAGAACGCCCUCCAUGUCUGGCAAAAUUCCUGGGGUCUGUCCACUCGAGUAAUCGGUGUGAUGGUGAUGAUUCAUGGCGAUGAUCGAGGUCUGGUCAUGCCACCGCGGGUUGUCGAGACUCAGGUGGUGAUUGUUCCAGUGGGAGUGACUGCGAAGAUGAGUGAUGAAGAUAAAGAUGCACUCUACAAGGAAAUUGAAGGAUUGAAAGAGGUUCUCAAGGCGGUUGAUGUCCGGGUGGUGAGUGACCUUCGGGAGGGAUAUUCUCCAGGAUGGAAGUUCAACGAUUGGGAACUCAAGGGUACCCCACUUCGACUUGAAUUUGGUCCAGGUGAAAGCAAGGGCCAUUUCGUGACGGCAUCAAGACGAGAUCUUCCCAAGGAGGAAAGCAAGAGUCAGAUCGCAAUCAGUGAACUCAACACGGCAAUUCCGGCCUUGUUGGAUACGAUCCAGAAAGAUCUAUUCAAUCGAGCAGAAGCCAAAUACAAAUCACACACGAUCAAAAUCACCAAAUGGGAAGAUUUUGUGCCAGCAUUGAACGACAAGAACGUAUGCUUACUUCAACACUGUCUUACGGAAGCAUGCGAAGACCAGAUCAAAGAAUCGAGUGCGCGAUCCGCCGAGGAGCAAAGUGGGGUUCCACAAGACGAGAGAGCACCUAGUAUGGGAGCAAAGAGUCUGUGUAUUCCAUUCGACCAACCAGAGGGUAUCGAGAAGGGAGUGACACCAUGCGGGAAUCCCAAAUGCUCGAAUAAAGCAGAGGCGUGGUGUUUGUUCGGCCGAUCUUACUAG